CUCACAUUCCUCUGCAGGCUCUGUGAGGGGCAGGCGCAGAGUGUGCUGGAAGCUUGGAGCUGCUCUUCAGAGUGAGAGUCUCUCUCACUCUCCCCAGUCGUUAAGCCAGAGAGAAGAGGAGGAAGGGAAGGCAGAAAGACCAGGGGAGGUCUGACGACACCAUCUCAGCUUGCUCGGCACCUAUUUUAAAUGCACAGAUUGAUAAAUGCAAGCACACAGUCUGGCUUUGGUUUACUGGAGGAGCAUCAAAAUUUACAACCAACUUGUCACUCUGCAAGACAUGUGUGUGACUUUCCCUGCCAGGACAAAAACUUAAAGGAGCUUUGGAAACAUAGCAUGUGCAAGUGUCCAUGGCGAGAGCAGCAGUAGCUUUCAAUGCUGGAGGUCCAGCGUUAGGAUGGAUGACACAGGCUAAUACUGCCCUCCACCACUUUCUAAUCCAGCUUUAAAGGGAACCUCCAGUCAAACGAAGAAGGAUCAGCUAAAGAUACAAGAACUUCAUUCACCUGCAACUUUUACUCCAGGCUGAUAUGAUGCUGUGGUACAACUUUGGCAGCCACUUGCUCUCUCUGGCAGCACUUCUGGUGAUUGUGAGCAGCGGAGGAGGGGAGCAGCGGAGAGCGACUGAUAGCAGCAGCACAGGUGGCAGCAGCAGUAGCAGCAGUAGUGGAGGAAGUAGUAACAAUAAUUACAGCAACAGGCGCUUUCAUAAGAUCCAGCAUGGCCAGUGCACCUAUACGUUCAUCCUACCUGAGGGAGAUGGAGCCAGAGGUUCCUGCAGGGAGGCAAAAGCCGGUAGCCCGCAGAACAACGCCAACUCUCUCCAGAGAGACGCUCCGCCACCUGAGCCAGAGUUUCCCAGCCAGAAGAUCCAGCAGCUCGAGCACAUUAUGGAGAAUUAUACCCAGUGGCUACAGAAGAUUGAGAACUACAUCAAAGAGAGCAUGAAGACAGAGAUGGCUCAACUGCAACAGAGCGCCGUCCACAACCACACAGCAGCCAUGUUGGAAAUGGGCACCAACCUUCUUUCUCAGACAGCUGAACAAACACGCAAGCUAACUGACGUUGAGACGCAGGUUCUGAAUCAGACAUCCAGGCUCGAGAUCCAGCUGCUGGAAAAUUCUCUCUCUACAAACAAGUUGGAGAAAGAGUUAAUGAUCCAGACCAAUGAGAUCAACAAGCUGCAUGACAAGAACAGCCUCCUGGAGCAGAAGAUGUUAGACAUGGAGAUGCGACACCGCGAGGAGCUGGAGACGCUGAAGCAGGAGAAGGGGAGUCUGCAGGCCCUGGUGGGGAGGCAGAGCGGGGUUAUCGGGGAGCUCGAAGCCCAGCUGAGCCGGGCCACAGGAAACAGCACGGCCCUGCAGAGACAGCAGCAGGAGAUGAUGGAUACCGUCCACAACCUGCUCAACCUCUGCUCCAAAGACGGAGUUGUGCCUAAUAGCACAAAGGCUAUUGAAGAGAAGAAGUUUCGCGACUGUGCCGACCACUACCAGGCUGGCUUCCAUAAGAACGGAGUCUACACCAUCCAGAUCGGCCCUCAGGAGACCAAAAAGGUGUAUUGCAACAUGGAAACAGCCGGUGGUGGUUGGACGGUCAUCCAACGCAGAGAAGACGGCAGUGUGGACUUCCAGAGAACGUGGAAGGAGUACAAAAUGGGUUUUGGGAGCUUGUCUGCAGAGCACUGGUUGGGGAACGAGUAUGUUUACCAGCUGACCAGCCAGAGACAGUAUGCCCUCCGUGUAGAGCUGACAGAUUGGGACGGACACCAGGCCUUCUCACUGUAUGACCGCUUCCAAAUCGGCAGUGAGAAACAAAACUACAGGCUGUUCCUGAAAAGCCACAGUGGGACUGCAGGCAGACAGAGCAGUCUUGUAAUCCACGGAGCAGACUUCAGCACCAAGGACAUGGACAAUGACAACUGCAUGUGCAAGUGUGCCCUCAUGCUCACUGGCGGUUGGUGGUUUGAUGCUUGUGGCCCGUCCAACCUUAACGGCAUGUACUUCACCCAAGGACAACACGUAGGGAAGUUGAAUGGUAUCAAGUGGCACUACUUCAAGGGCCCCAGCUACUCGCUACGAGCCACGCUCAUGAUGAUCCGCCCCCUGGACUUCUCCUAGUCUUUUGAACUUUUAACUUUCAAACGGCUAUGUAGCACAUUAGAGGGACGCUUCCCAGUUUAUCCUCUUGUUUCAUCUCACUUCGCUGGCCAUGGGAGUCAUCCAAUGAAUCUUUUUUUAUUCAACCUGGUUCCUUCCCGGAGCAACAGCUAUUCCUGUGCUGCUGUUGCAUUGUAACCUUUUCCCUCAAUAAACUGAAAAGCAGCCACGAGGAGGAAGAAAGGCACUCCUGAACUGAUUCCUGUUCACAGGCAGAUUCACAAACGUGACAUUAUUCAGGAACAAAUGCGCCCAGGUGUGUUAUCUGACACCUGGAAUCUGUGCACAUUUUGAGCGCACCAUAAUGUCAGCUUGUAUGAAGAUGCAAGCACAAUCUCAAACCAUGAUUUUCCAAUUUCCUGGGGACCUGCGUUGUAAUAAUAUGGAGGACUUGAACUCUUGAAUGGAAAGCAGCUAUUACAGAGCAGCACUGACUCUUAAACUGCAGGACCGAACUGACCUGGAACGGUCUGAGGAGACAAAUGAGAGACGUUGCUUUUUUUAUUAAAAUGUUGCUCACAGAACGCAGCCCAUACAUUUUUUUUUAAAAUGUAUUAUAUAUUGUGUUUUUUAGUAUUAUUUUUGUUAUCCCAACUGUAUCCAAAGUGAGAUGAAAUUAACUUUUUUUUACUGUACAGUGUACUUUCUGUUUGCAUUAUGUAUAAAACAGGCUCAGCUGUAAGGUUGCUUUGAAAUUCUAGCGAUGAGUUGGUAAUAGUUACAAGGGUCGUUUGCAGUACUUACUGGCUAUUACACACUCGCUGUCUUGACAGUGUGAUUAUUUUUAGAGUUCAAGAUGUGAGGUUAUUAUUGGAUUAGAUUCUGGACUGGGAUCCAUUUGCCUUUUGUUAUUGGCUGAGAAAAGACCUAUACCUGCCAAGGUCCAGAUUGUGAGUGAUUACUUUACCUCUGCUGAAUAUGAAAAACAAGGACAUUAAUACAGAUGCAUGUAAUUAGUGAUAUAUAACAAUUACAGCUGUGUGCACAUGGGGGAAUGGAUUGCACAUUUGCAUAUACAAGUAAUGCUUCAUUUAAAAAACACACAAAAGUACACAAUAUAUCCAGUAAUGAUGACAUACCACAUCAUGAUGCUUCCACAUUUAAGCCCCAGUCAGACAGACAGUGUUUGAGCAAGCCAUGGGUGGCUGUUUGUGAUGGUUUCCAAUGAGAGUGGAGCUCUAUGUGCAUUGUGUUUUUGCAGGAGACUUAAUUUGAAAACGCUUGAACUUAGAGUGGAAACCACCCAACGUUUUCUUCUGAUCUUCCAGUCAGAUGAAUUGAGAGGCCAGCCUUCUGUGAUGGCGAUGACAACAAGUGGUAGCUAAUGUUAGCUCACUUUUAUCGUAAUCCUUCAAGGCAAGCUGCAAGACAUACCUGAACAAACUGUAGCCUCAACUACUUUCUCACCUUUUACCAACUGUAAUUAGGCUUGAUGAUUGACAACAGAUUGUCAUCGCCAGUGGGACCGUCGUCCAGGUGAAGCUCCUGGACCAGCUGGUGGUGCUCCCUGUGAUUUCUCCUCUUUCUGAGGGUUUCAUAUACCCACACGGAUCUCUGUUGCCCUGCGCCCUGCGUCCAGUCCCCAAGUGCCCCCACCAUCAUUUUUAUGCCUCCAUGCUGCCAAUAGCCUCGGCUGGAGGCAUUAGGUUUUUAGGCUGUUUAUCUGGCUGUACACAUAUCCAUCCGUCUCCUUCUUGUGAACGCAAUAUCUCAAAAAUGCCAUGAGGGAAUUUCUUAAAAUUUGACACAAACAUCCACCUGGACUCAGCAAUGAAGUGAUUAGAAUUUGCUUGUCGCAGGUUAAAGGUCAAGGUCACUGUGGCUUCAUAAAACAUGUUUUUGGCCAUAAUUCAAGAAUUCAUAGUCUAAUUAUAACAAAAUUCCACAGAAAUGUCUAAUAUGAUAUGAUGAUUAAGUUGAGACAUUAUAAAUCCAGAAGGUCAAAGGUCAAACUUACUGUGACAUUACCAUGUUCUGCAAAAACACUUUUCUGGCCAUUACUCAAUGUCAUGUCUCAGGAACAGAAGGCGAGACAUUUGGUCAGAUACUGAAUUGGUGACCCUAAUCUUGGGUGCCCAUCUUGAAACUGAUGUACAGAUCUUUUGUGAAACAGCCAUGUUUUCAUAGACAUGGAUGUGAAUUGUUACAGCAACUUUACUGGUUCGUGGAGGCAUGAUACUACAAGGUGGUAAUUCUAGUUUAUGCAGAUUUUAGGGUACAGAUCUGUGAGUUUACUUCGGUUAAACUGAGCACAGGUUAUUCAUUGGUUGCCUAGCAAGAAUUAAAAACAGCUGCAAACAUGCUUCAACAAAAAACGCAUUGCGAUUCGUCUCACUCUGUCUGAUCGGGGCCUUACAAAGAUGUAAAUGCUUAUAUUAAGCUGGUGUCCCAUGUGUACACAACUCCCAAAGAAUGAGGUCAAAGUUCGUAUUACUGAAUCUUAUUUCUAAGUGAAAGGGACAUUUAUGAAAAGAACCCUUAAGUCUAACCUCUUACCUUAAGACAAAGAGCAGAUCAUUAACACAAGUCACUUCCAAAAUGUUUUUCACAGACAUCAACAUGACACAGCCUCAGAAUCCAGCCAGUUUCUGUUUCUCAUCAAUGUAGUUUUGGAAAAAAACAAAA